UGCAAAAUAUGGCUCUUGGUUGCUGGUUUCAACAAUUUAGUAGGCAUUCCAGUAAAUUACUAUGCUCUUGUUGUUGGAGGUGUUAUUACAAACUUACAAGGUGUACUGGUUAGUUUGAUCUAUUUCAGUGAUCCUGCUGUAAUAUAUACAAUGCAACGAUUUGGAAGUUACCUACGAAAAACUUAUGUGGAUGAAUACAACCUACCGCCAAAGGAAACAACAGAAGAAAAGCCUCCUGACGAGAGAAACAAUUCUGCUAAUGGAGCCGGUAUACGCUUAUUUCAUGCCAGUCAAGCUAUAGUACCUGCCAACAAUUUGGAUGAUAUACCCAAUAAUAGACAUCGACCUAUUUUGUCCCUUCCUCGUAUCACGGCACGAGAUACAAUUGAUCCAUAUCGCUACCGAUGGCUUGCCAUGACUAUUCAUUGUUUUCUAACAAAAGUAUGCCGAAUGACCAAACGAGUUGCUCCUUGUGACUCAACCUCGACCAUCUCAUUUCCAUCUCAUACCAUAUCAAGUCUACCAACCAACAAUACUAGUCAGAAUACAUUAUCUUCAAUUGCGACUUCGGAAAUAUCAAGUAAAAACAGCAGCAACAAAAGAUCAAGUCCAGCAGUACCAGCAGUACGUUUGCAAAGUGUGGAUACAAUUCAAGAACAAGAAGCAACAACUUCAAGUCAUCAAGAUUUCUUGACAGUUCCUCCAACGGUUCCUGUGGUACAUCGACAUUCUAUUGGGGAGGGCGCACGACGAUCAUACGAUACCAAGAAAAACAAGCAUCCCAUGAUGACAAGGACAACUGAACAACCAGCUUCCAUUGUAUCCAGUCUUUCCACAACUGAAAGUAGCUUGCAAUCUCGUCAUGGCUCCUUGGAAUUGAAAGCACAUCCAUGCAGUCGACACUCCUCUAAAGACACAUCAUCAAGCGAUCCAUCACUUUUACGACUUGCUCGACAUUCGAAAAAACUUGGACGUACCAUGCGACAUCGUUAUGAUCAUUUCACUGGCCAUACAACAUCCGUUCGACAAGUACCUACUUCACCACUUUCAUCACCACGACCUUCAUCUCAGAUGUCAACAUCACCAUCAACAUCAAGAGCUUCCUCCAUAUCGCUUCCCAUCAAACAAAAAUCACCAUCAACAGCAUCCUUAUCAGCAAUAUCAUCUCGCCAUUCCACAGAUAAUUUGAAACAAGGGGAGAAGGAUGUCAUCGAUCGACUUUCACUACUUUCUGAAGCUGGUUCUAUUGAACGAUCAAAGAAGGCAGGCUAUUUAGCAUUAUGUGCACCACCUUAUUAUUAUCGACAACGAACACAACAAUCAAAACCAACCACAUCAGAAAUGGAAACGGAACAUAUUCUUAGACCUCGAUCUUUAUCUAAAACGGCCAUUGUAGCCACCAGACCAUCAUCAUUUGGAUCAUUUGAAUCAUCAUCACCCACCAUGAAAGUAAUGGCUCCAAAUGAUCUAACAAUAGUAUCAAAGCACAUACAACAUAUCUCCUCACCAUCAUCUACAGCAUCAACAUCAUCAUCGUCCUCAUCGAUGAAAUUGGCGAUUCCACAGUAUCAUGCAUUAUCCAAUAAUGCAGUGACAUUGACAUCAUCUUCACUCAAGGUUUUAUUAGAUGGAGAACAAGAAGAACCUUUGGUCAUGAUAGCCGAUGGUGUAGCGAAUGGAUGGACUACAUUGAUUCAUAUUGAUCAAACUUGGCAUGAUGAAGAAACAACAACGGAUGAAAGGGUAUUAUCACUUGUGGAACAUUGGUAUAGGGAUUAUGUUGGUUCUCGUUGGUUCGUAGUAGAAUAGUUACACAACAAUUGAAAUAAAAACCUGGUUACCCUAUUGGUGCUUUUUUUUUUGUCCAA